AUGGCGAACACAGAAUGGGGAAAUCAAACAUCCAUCUCAGAAUUCAUCCUCCUGGGAUUUGGAAAUCUUCUAGAACUGCAGCUUCUUCUCUUCCUGCUGUUUCUAGUGAUUUACAUGGUGACCAUGGCUGGGAACAUCCUCAUUGUUACACUAGUUGUGACUGAUCAGCACCUUCACACCCCCAUGUACUUCUUCCUGGGUAACUUGUCCUGCUUGGAGACCUGCUACAGCUCCACCAUCCUGCCCAGGAUGCUGGCCAGUCUCCUGACUGGGGACAGAAGCAUCUCAUUCAGAAUUUGCAUCAUCCAAUAUUAUUUCUUUGGUUUUCUGUUAGGUGUUGAGUGUUGCCUCUUGUCUGUGAUGUCUUACGAUUGGUAUUUAGCGAUAUGCAAACCUCUGCAUUAUGCAACACUCAUGAAUGGCAGGCUCUGCCUCCAGCUAGCAGCUGGGUCUUGGAUAAAUGGGCUUCUGGUUAGUAGCACAAUGACAUCCUUGAUGUCACAGUUAUCUUUUUGUGGCCCCAAUGAAGUUGACCAUUUUUUGUGUGAUUUCACCCCAGUAAAAAAACUGUCCUGCAGCGACACCAGCCUGAUGGACAUUGUGGCUUUCCUUAUGGCUGCAAUAUUCACCCUGCCUCCAUUUCUAUUGACGCUGACAUCCUACAUUUGCAUUAUCACCACCAUCCUGAGAGUCCCGUCCACCACCGGGAGGCAGAAGGCCUUUUCCACCUGCUCCUCUCACCUCAUUGUGGUGACAACUUUCUAUGGGACACUGAUGAUUGUCUACAUGCUCCCAGACACCGACACACUAAGGGUCCUUAACAAAGUGUUCUCCAUCUUCUACACUGUUCUGACUCCCAUGGUUAACCCCCUCAUCUACAGCCUGAGGAACAGAGAGGUCAAGGAGGCCCUGAGAAGAGCCAUCAAUGCCUUUUUAACAUUGACAGGAAUUGAGACGGGUCAAAUUCAAGGGCUUGUGUACAUGGCGAAAAAGCCCGGCAUGGUGAAUGCAAAUAGCUAUUGGUGA